AUGUCUAGAUCCUUUUAUGUCGACUCUUUGAUUAUUAAGGACACCGUGCGACCCGCACCUCUAAACGAGCAUCCCGGACAAGACUUCUUCAUACCCAUCAACAUGCAUUCGCCCACCAUGAUGACGGUCAACGCGCCGGUGUGCCCAUCCAGGAAGACUGGAACUUUCUGCGUCUGCCCGGUUUGCGUCACGUCCCAUCUCCACUCUCCCCGCGGCGGCAUUUCGAUGCUGAAGAGUCAGUUCCCGGGAGCGGAGCCCCAAUAUUGUCAGAGGAUAUCACACCACCAACAGUCUCCGGCGCUGGGACACGCACCUGUCUGCACGCCUACGUACAGCGUCACUGACCCCAGGAGGUACCACUGUCUCUCCAUAGCCGCCUCUGAGAGCAAUCACAUCCAGAAUGGCAAAAGGAUGCGUACGGCUUUCACCAGCACGCAACUAUUGGAACUGGAGAGAGAGUUCUCCUCCAACAUGUAUCUAUCCCGGCUCAGAAGAAUCGAAAUUGCGACGUAUCUAAACCUCUCGGAGAAGCAGGUGAAAAUCUGGUUCCAGAACCGGAGGGUGAAACACAAGAAGGAGGGCAAGGGCACACAGAGGAGCGCGCACAGCGGUUGCAAGUGCGCAAGUGGUCACACGGACUACCCGAGGUCUGAGGACGAGGAAUCUUUAUCCCCUGCAUCAGCGUCAGAGGAGAAAGAGAUCUCCCCAAUCUGAGGCCAUCUCACACUAUACAUACUUCCAUUACACUACUGGCAUAGUCUACCCUUGUUCAACACGGAUUCAGCAAUACCAGACGACCUCAUGGCCAUGAUAUGCUACUUGCAGUCUGAGAAGAACUAUUGGGAAUAACUUUGGUUCCCUCUGGUUAAAUCGUGUAGGCCUAUUUGUCAUUCGUUUUAUGUUAACUGUCCAAUAUGAAAAAAUUGUGAAUACAUGUUUUAUUUGUUAAAACAUUUAGAAACAUAAAUGUAAUGUUAAAUCAUUCAGGGUUCAACCAACGUCAAAGUUGUACAUCCUCAGUAGUUGUCAUACAAUGCUUGGUAUCUUUCCUCUUCCAUGUGAUUAGAUAAAUAUCAUAUUUAUCCGAUGUGGCUAUGACAGCCGUUGAUCUAUUCUGUUUCACAUCUGAUUUAUCCACGUGAAUUUGUAUGUGCUUAGUAGACUAUUAUGUAAAUAAUAUGUAUAUUUGUAUUUAUUUUAAUAAAACUUU